AUGAGCAUCCCCUGGCGCGGAGUGUCCGUCAGCUCGGCUGUCAUCGCCGUAUUGUUGGCCCUGCGACAGCCAGUAUUCUCGAGAUGCCACCUACUGGUCGCCUUCGUGGGCGCCUUUGCGUUCCAGAUGGUGUCUUGGGGCAUCUUUGUCGUCUUCUUGUUCCCCCAGUACUUCUCGUCCUUGCGGUCGCUCCCAGGCCCCAAAGAUGAUCACUGGUUGAUGGGACAGUACCCGAGGAUUAUGCGCGAGCCGACUGGCGUGCCCAUGAUCGAAUGGAUCAACACCAUCCCUCACGAAGGCAUCAUCCGCUACCGUGGCUUGUUCAACCAGGAGCGACUCCUGAUCACGUCGCCCAAGGCCCUCGCCGAGGUGCUCGUCACGCACAACUACGACUUCCGCAAGCCUGGCGCCGUCCGCUCAUCCAUCGGCCGCAUCCUCGGCAUCGGCGUGUUGCUGGCCGAGGGUGACGACCACAAGGUCCAGCGCAAGAACCUCAUGCCUGCCUUCGCCUUCCGCCACGUCAAGGACCUGUACCCGCUCUUCUGGAGCAAGGCGUGCGAGGGCGUCCAGGCCAUCACCGACGCCGUCCACGCCGAGGCCGCAAAGGGCGCAACCGAAGGGCUCACCGACCCCGAGAAGGCCGCCCUGGGCCCCAACACCGCUGUCCUGGAGAUUGGCAACUGGGCAUCGCGCACCACGCUCGACAUCAUCGGCAUGGCCGGUAUGGGCCGCGACUUUGGCGCUAUCCGUGACCCGUCGAACCCCCUGAACCAGACCUACCAGCAAGUCUUCAAACCGAGCCGCCAGGCGCAGGUCCUCGCCGUCCUCGGCCUCCUCCUCCCGGCUUCCCUCGUCCACCACCUUCCCCUGCAGCGCAACGGCGACAUUGCAAAGGCCGCCAACACCAUCAGGGCCACCUGCCGCGAGCUCAUCCGCGAGAAGAAGGAGAAGCUGGAGCGCAAGCAGCUCACCGACAUUGACAUCCUGUCUGUGGCGCUCGAGUCCGGCUACUUCACCGAGGACAACCUCGUCGACCAGAUGAUGACCUUCCUCGCCGCGGGCCAUGAAACCACGGCCGCGGCCAUGAUGUGGGCCGUCUACUGCCUCUGCCUCAACCCGGAGGUCCAGUCCCGCCUCCGUCUCGAGAUCCGCGAACGCCUCCCCACCCCUGGCACGCCCGGCGACAUCACGGCUCUCGACAUUGACCACAUGCCCUACCUCAACGCCGUCUGUAACGAGGUCCUUCGCUACUACUCCCCGGUGCCCAUGACACUCCGCGAGGCCGCUGUCGACACCGUCAUUGAUGGCAAUAAGGUGCCCAAGGGCACCCGCAUUAUGCUCUGCCCGUGGGCCACCAACAAGGACGCCUCACUCUGGGGCGCCGACGCGGGACGCUUCAACCCAGACAGGUGGCUCCCCUCCCGCGACGGCGACGCCGAGAGCAAGAAGACGGCGAACAGCGGCGGGGCGACCAGUAACUACGCCUUCAUGACGUUCCUCCACGGGCCCCGGAGCUGCAUCGGGCAGGGAUUCGCAAAGGCCGAGUUUGCGUGCAUCCUCGCCUCGUGGAUUGGGCGUUUCGAGUUCAGCCUCAAGAACAAGGAGGAGUACGAUGAGAAGAAGAUGACCAUCAAGGGCGGUGUCACGGCGCGUCCGUCAAAGGGGUUGCAUGUGUACGUCAAGGUCGUGGAUGGUUGGUGA